AUGGAAGAUGCGCCAAGAGGACGCGGUAGGGGACGAGGACGUGGUCGCGGACGCGGCAGGGGAUUCGUCCCUGAACAGCCUGUUCCACAAGUAGCACCGAAUCGUACUGCUGAAGAAAAGUUUCGUAAGGAAAAGCCUCCAACGUUUGAUGGUCUGGGUGAUCCCACGGACGCCGAGAAAUGGGUUAGGGCAGUGGAGCGAAUUUUCAGCUACAUCCGUUGCGAAGACGGGGAGAAAGUGACUUGCGCGACUUACCAACUGGUAGACGAAGCCGACUUCUGGUGGGAGUCGGUGAGGCGCACAAUGACUGAGGAACAGUGGGGAUUACAGAAGAAACAGAACGAGUUUUGGAAUUUGAAGCAGAGGGCUGGGACAGUGACUGAGUAUGACAGGGCUUUUAACCAGCUGUCACGAUAUGCACCAAUGUUAGUGGACACUGAUGAGAAGCGCGCAGAGAAAUUCAGGAACGGACUGCGCCACGAGAUAUCGAUAUCCCUAGCGAGUCAGGGAGGUCUCACUUAUGCACAAACACUGAGUAGGGCUCUCACCAUUGAGUCAUUGCUACCAAGGGAGAAAGCAAAAGCUCCGGGACAGUCUGGAUUUGUACCACCUCAAGAUGGUGCUUUGUUUGAUACUGGAGCGUCCCACUCUUUCAUUUCACAUGCUGCUUGUAAGAGAUUAAAACUGACUCCACAAUUGGCUGAGACAACUUUAGAGGUUAGCACCCCUGGUGGUGGAAGAUUGGCUGCUAAGGACGUUAUCUCGAACUUAGAGCUGAACAUAAGUGCUGAAACAUUUAAGGCAAAAUUGUAUGUCAUCGUUAUAAUAGAUUUUGACAUGAUCCUUGGGAUGGACUGGCUUACUCAAGUCGGUGCCACGAUACUGUGUAAUGAGAGAAAGAUCUCUUUCCAAUCCACUGGAAAAGAGAAGGCAAGUUUUCAUGGCAUAAGAAUGGGAGGGAGAGUACCAGUGAUUUCGGCGAUGAAGGCCACAAAGAUGAUGAGAAAUGAAGAAUGUCGGGCUUUCCUAGUCAACUUGACAGGAGAACGUGAAGCAGAGAAAACGAUCGAAGAAGUUCCAGUGGUGCGAGAUUUCAAAGAUGUUUUUCCCGAAGAAUUGCCCGGUUUGCCACCGAACAGACAACUAGAAUUCACGAUUGAUCUGGAACCUGGAGCAGCACCAGUGUCCAAGCAAGUGCGAGUUUUGGUUGAAGGAAGUAAUGUUUCUCGAUCACAUAGUGUCGACUGA